AUGAUGCAAGCGUUUGCCUUCAAGAUGGAGGAAUUGGGGUUUCCAGCGGUGUUUGCCGGCGGUUUUUCACCGACGGACUCACCGGAAAAGGUAGUGGAAGAGGUGGAGCGGCGUAGUCCCCUCGUCUGGCUGAAGGAGUUACACGUGUUCUCGUACGUGUCUAAACCGACGGUGUCGGUCGGUGGCUUUGUGCGGGUUCGUGACUUCACAAGCUUGCGUCUUCUAUAUUCUGUCGAGACAUUUGUCUUGUCGUUUGCGGUUUACACGUUGAAGCAAAAUUUAUAUUCUCAUUGUUGCUUGAACCAUAACUUAAGAGUUGAUUCUGCAUACGAGAGAGCUGCCCGAGCUUUUGUCAAUGGUGUUACUGAUAAGUUAGGAGUUAAUGGGAAGAUAGUAUGUCCAUGCGCCCGAUGUCGUAAUCUGUAUCGCCAUACAAGUGAGGAGGUUGUCUCUCAUUUGGUUAUAAAUGGAAUGGAUGAUGCUUACAAGGUACGGUCGGAUUGGUUUCACCAUGGAGAUGGUAGCUCUGUUGAUUUAGGGGAUGUUAAAGAUAGAUGCUGGAAUGCUGAGAUUCUUAGUUUAUAUGAAGCUGCAAACUGUCUAGAUGAGGAUUUAGCUAACCGGGGGUCACAGUUACGUGAGUCAGUUGAGGGUGAGGACAGGAAAGAAGAUGAGUUUUUAGCAAAACUUGCAGAGGCUGAAACCCCCUUGUAUCCGACGUGUUCGAGUCAUAGCAAGCUAUCAGCUGUAGUUUCAUUGUUUAGGAUUAAGUCUCAGAAUGGGUGGUCAGACAAGAGCUUUGAUGACUUGCUGCAAACAUUGCCAAAUAUGUUACCUGAAGACAAUGUGCUGCACACAUCAACUUAUGAUGUCAAGAAGUUCUUGAAAACUUUUGAUAUGGGAUAUCAAAAGAUUCAUGCUUGUGUUAACGACUGCUGCUUAUUUAGAAAGAAGCUGAAGACGGCUGAGAGUUGUCCAACAUGUAAAGCGUCUAGAUGGAAGACGAACAUGCAUACUGGUGAAAUCAAGAAGGGUGUUCCACAGAAGGUUUUGAGAUAUUUUCCAGUGAUACCUCGUCUGAAAAGGAUGUUCAGAUCGGAGAAACUUGCAAUGGAUUUACGAUGGCAUUUCAAUAACAAGAGCAUAGAUGGGAAGCUGCGCCAUCCAGUAGACUCUGUUACUUGGCAGUCAAUGAAUGACAAGUAUCCGUCGUUUGCAGCGGAGGAGAGGAAUUUGCGACUUGGGCUUUCAACAGAUGGGUUUAAUCCCUUUAGUAUGAAGAGCAGCCGAUACAGUUGCUGGCCUGUGUUACUGGUGAAUUACAACAUGGCUCCUGACCUAUGUAUGAAGGAGGAGAACAUAAUGCUCAGUCUGCUGAUUCCAGGACCAUAUCAACCGGGUAAUAGUAUAGAUGUUUACUUAGAGCCCUUGAUUGAAGAUUUAAAACAUUUGUGGUCAAUAGGCGAGCCAACAUACGAUGCAGUUAGUAAGGCUACCUUUACCCUUAAGGCAAUGCUACUUUGGACUAUCAGUGAUUUCCCGGCUUAUGGGAAUCUUGCUGGUUGUAAAGUGAAGGGUAAGAUGGGUUGUCCUAUAUGCGGGAAGCACACAGAUAGUUUGUGGCUGAAGAAUAGUAGGAAGUUUGUAUUUAUGGGCCACCGCAAAAGUUUGCCUCCCUUGCAUAGUUUUAGAGGAAAGAAGGCUUGGUUUGAUGGGAAAACAGAACAUGGGACGAAGGGAAGGCUACUCACAGGCAGGAAUGUCUCAUUUGUGUUGAGAAAUUACAAGAAUGUUUUUGGUAAUAGAAAACAGGCUGGGAAAAAGAGGGCUACUCGAGUUGACAUACCAUCUGAUAACGAGGAGGAACUAAGUGGAUCUGAUGAGGAUGAAGAUGUCGGAGAUAAAGACGAAGAGGAAUUGUCUAGAUGGAAAAAACGUUCCAUUUUUUUUUCAUUGCCUUAUUGGGAGAAUGAGCUCCCUGUUCGGCAUAACCUAGACGUUAUGCAUGUGGAGAGGAAUGUGGCUGCAAGCUUGAUUGCGACAUUGUUACAUUGUGGCAAUUCAAAGGAUUGUCUAAAGGCUAGAAAGGAUCUUGAAAGUCUUGGUAUCAGGAAGGAUUUGCAUCCAAAAGCUCAGGGUAAAAGGACAUUACUUCCACCAGCUCCCUGGUCUUUAUCAAAGUCAGAGAAACACAUCUUCUGUAAGCGGUUCUAUGAUUUUAAAGGUCCUGAUGGCUACUGUGCUAAUAUAUCUAGUUGUGUAUCAUUAGAGGAGUGUAAGGUGAUGGGACUCAAAUCUCAUGAUUACCACGUCCUAAUGCAACAACAGCUGCCAGUAGCAAUCAGGGGCUUACUACCUAAGGGUCCUAGGGUAGCCAUUCUCCGCUUAUGCGAUUUCUUCAACCUUCUAUGCCACCGAGUAAUCGAUAUGGAACAACUCCAGCAAAUGGAAUCCGAAAUCGUGGAGACUCUCUGCAUUUUUGAAAGAUUUUGGCCACCCAGUUUCUUCGACAUCAUGGUUCACUUGUGUGUGCAUCUAGGCAGAGAAGCUCGACUUGGUGGUCCGGUCAAUUUCCGAUGGAUGUACCCAUUUGAAAGGUAUAUGAAAGUCUUGAAAGACUAUGUCAGAAACACAGCAAGACCAGAGGGGUGUAUAGCUGAGUCUUAUCUUGCAGAUGAGUGCAUGAAGUUCUGCUCGGCUUUCUUGACUACUUCAACAAAUGUACAAGAAAAAGAGGACAGAAACACUGAGUAUGAGAGUCAGUCCAUCCUCGAAGGUCGUCCUAUAUCAGCCGCCCGCUCAUUCCAGUUUUCGGAUGCCGAGUUAAAAAUAGCUCAUCUUGCUGUAAUACAGAACACGGCCAUGGUGGAUCCAUAUGUUGAUGCUCAUUUACAACAUCUACAAGACUCAAAUGGUAGAUGUCAAAGGGAUGCAACUUAUUUAUGGCGUAUGCACACUGAAAAAUUUGCAGUGUGGCUAAAGCAACAGAUAUCUAUUGAUUCACCUGAUGAGGAAGACACUCUGAAGUGGCUGGCUUAUGGUCCUCGUAGUAUAGCCAGAUCUUACACAGGAUACAUUGUGAAUGGGUUACGAUUUCACACAAAUGUGGUGCAUAGGCUAAGUCAGAAUAGUGGUGUUUACUAUGAGGCAACAGCAAUGUGUAGAUCUAGUGCAAGGGACACAGCUCAGGUGGUCGACGUUGUAUCCUACUAUGGGAGAGUAGUUGAUAUUAUAUUACUAGACUACAAUGCCUUCUACGUCCCAAUAUUCAAGUGUGAGUGGGCAGUUAAAGGUAACGGUGUGAAAGUGGAGGAUGGCUUUACGCUGGUUAAUUUUAAUCACAGCCACAUAUCCUUUGCAAAGGAUCCAUUCAUUUUAGCAUCUCAAGCGAGACAAAUAUUUUACUCAAGGGACACAGAUGAAUCGAGUUGGUAUGUAGUUAUGAAGGGUCCAUGUAGAAGAUACAGUGAUGAGAAACCUGAAGAUGGACAUGCAGAUGUAGGACCACUGCCUUCGGAUAUAGAUAUGUGUCUUGAAGACAUAUCAGAUGAGGCUGAGAAUGUCAGAGAUGAUUGUGAAGGAAUAUACGUUUGA